AUGUCAAACGCUUUCUUUUCUUAUUCUUUGGAAGAAAUUGAUCAUUACGAGAGUGACAAAAUCGCUUUGCCACAUUUCGAUUCGUCAAUUGCUUGGCAAAUUGGGUUGUAUGCACAUAAACUAGCACAAGGGUACGAUAAGCCUAUGCUCAUCGAUAUAUCCCUUUCCAAUGGCCAAGUAUUGUUCCACGCACCAUCAAAAAACGGAAUUGUGCUCGACAACGAACAUUGGGUAACGAGAAAGAAAAAUACAGCAUUUCGUUUCGGUAAAUCAUCAUUUUACAUGGGACGCAAGAUGGCAAUGAAGCAGAUGAGCGCCGAGAAAGCGUUAUUCGUCGACUCCAAAGAAUAUGCUUUUCAUGGUGGAUCUGUUCCAAUAAAAAUUUCAGGAACUGAUCAGAUUUGUGGAGCACUCACUGUGAGCGGGUUGGCGCAAAUUGAUGAUCAUCUCUUUGUUUUACAAGUUUUAAAGGACACAAGACAUUCUUUAAUUAAGUGA